AUGGCGCUUGACAAUUACUACCGCAACAAGAUCGAGAGCAUGAAGCUCGAGAUUAUCCAAGGACAAGCUGUGUUGCGGCGACUCGAAGCACAACGCAAUGACUAUAACUCGCGAGUGCGCCUACUGCGAGAGGAACUCGGCCUCCUUCAACAGCCCGGUUCUUACGUCGGAGAGGUGGUGAAAGUCAUGAGCACAAAGAAGGUCUUGGUGAAGGUACAUCCGGAGGGAAAAUACGUCGUUGACAUCGCGGAUGGCGUUGAUAUCGGUAAACUGACCGUCGGCAAACGUGUUGCCCUACUCUCCGACUCUUACAAACUGGAAAAAAUGCUUCCGUCAUCCGUGGACCCGCUGGUUUCCCUAAUGAUGGUCGAGAAGGUUCCCGACAGUACAUAUGACAUGAUUGGCGGUCUUGACCAGCAGAUAAAGGAAAUUAAGGAGGUCAUUGAGCUUGGCUUGAAACAUCCCGAAUUGUUUGAGUCUCUAGGAAUUGCACAGCCCAAAGGGGUUCUUCUUUACGGACCCCCGGGUACCGGAAAGACCCUCCUUGCUCGAGCCGUGGCUCAUCAUACGGACUGCCGGUUCAUACGUGUUAGCGGUUCUGAGCUUGUACAGAAAUACAUCGGUGAAGGUAGCCGUAUGGUUCGUGAACUGUUCGUCAUGGCAAGAGAGCAUGCGCCUAGCAUCAUUUUUAUGGACGAAAUCGACAGCAUUGGUUCUAGCCGAAUAGAUUCCGCGGGCUCGGGUGAUUCUGAGGUUCAGCGUACAAUGCUUGAACUCCUCAACCAGUUGGACGGAUUCGAACCGACGAAGAACAUCAAGAUCAUCAUGGCCACUAAUCGACUGGACAUUCUGGACCCUGCAUUGCUGCGACCUGGACGAAUUGACCGAAAGAUCGAGUUUCCACCCCCAUCCGUGGAAGCCCGUGCGGAUAUCCUACGGAUCCAUUCUCGAUCGAUGAACCUGACGCGUGGGAUCAACCUGACAAAGAUUGCGGAGAAAAUGAACGGAUGCUCCGGAGCUGAACUCAAGGGUGUAUGUACAGAGGCGGGCAUGUACGCCCUCCGAGAGCGGCGCGUACAUGUCACGCAAGAGGACUUUGACUUGGCCACGGCUAAGAUUCUCAACAAGCAUGACGACAAGGAGGUAGCAGUCUCCAAGCUGUUCAAAUAG